CACAUGAUGAUACAAAAUGGCAGCUUCAAUGAAAAUUGUUUUGUUUUUAUUCAAAAUCCUGUCUAUCUACAGUUUUAACGUAUUAUACGUCAAAUCAGAUGUUCCUUGUGCUCCACUAUACAUUAGACCACAGUAUAUGGUAUGUGUUUGUAACAGCACCUAUUGUGACACUGCUCCAUCAGCCGAAAAAGUUCCGAAAGGACAGUUCCUAGUCAUAACCACUUCUCAAAGUGGACUUCGAUUUCAGAAACAGAUUUUACAGAGUAGUAGCGUCCCAAAAACAAAUGUAACUUAUUCCAUCAAGCUAAAUGUAACCAGACAAACAAUUCUUGGAUUUGGAGGAGCAUUUACUGAUGCUGCUGGAAUAAACAUAGCAGCUUUGCCUGAUGCAGCCCAGGAACUACUUAUAAACUCAUAUUACUCCAACAAUGGCCUUGAGUACACAAUUGGAAGAGUGCCUAUGGCCAGUUGUGAUUUUUCAACACAUCCUUACUCAUACGAUGAUGUUCCUGGGGAUUUAAAUUUAACUAAGUUUUCCUUGGCACCAGAAGACAUUAAAUAUAAGAUUCCGUACAUUCAAAAAGCUAUCAAAGCUGCGCCUGUUCCUAUAAAGCUGUUUGCUAGCCCCUGGAGUGCACCAGCCUGGAUGAAAACAAACAAUAACAUGACUGGCAAAGGGAGUUUGAUUGGACAACCUGGGGGCCCCUAUUACAAGGCCUGGGCUAAUUACUUUGUCAAGUUUCUCCAAGAGUAUGAAAAGAAUUCUAUCCAAUUUUGGGGGAUCACUGCCCAGAAUGAACCAUCUGAUGGAUUGGAGUUCAAAUUCCCAUUCCAAGCAAUGGGCUUUACGCCUGAACAACAGCGGGAUUUCAUUAAGAUGGACCUUGGCCCCGCUUUACAUUCUGCUGGUUAUGGCAAUAUUAGUCUUAUGAUUUUAGAUGAUGUUCGAAUUUUCAUCAUCACAUGGGCCAAAAUAGUCCUGUCUGAUCCUGAGGCAAGCAGAUACAUUUCUGGUGUGGCCACCCACUGGUAUUUAGAUGCUGUCCUUCCUUACAGUCUCCUGACAGAUGCUCACAAUCUCUUUCCUGACAAAUUCUUGUUUGCAACUGAGGCCUGCGAGGGUUCAAUGCCCUGGCAGGUGAAGGUUGAUCUUGGGGCAUGGGACAGGGCAGCCAGCUAUGCCCAUGAUAUUAUCUCAGAUUUAAAUAACUGGGUCACUGGAUGGACGGACUGGAAUCUUGCAUUAGACAUGCAGGGUGGACCAAACUGGGUGGCCAACAAUGUUGACAGUCCCAUAAUUGUUAAUUCAGCAAAGAAAGAAUUUUACAAGCAACCGAUGUUUUACAUAUUAGGACAUUUUAGCAAAUAUAUUGUACCAGGCUCUGUAUGGUUGGGUACUAAACCAAUGAAGGAAAAUCCUCUGAUAGAAAUAACAUCCUUUCUUAGACCAGACAAAUCAUUGGCAGUCACGGUGUUAAACUUGGGAUUUGAUGCUGUAAACUUGGACCUGACUGAUGGUAUUUCAGGGUUUAUGCCCAUCUCAGUACCAGGACAUUCCAUUCAGACUGUCAUUUGGUGGCUUUAAGCUCCAUUGUAUUUAGUGAGGGGAGGGGGGGGGGGUGUUACAUGUUUUUGGGGUGCUGUGACUGUGUUCAAUGCUAAAAUGUGAAGUUGACAUUACCAAUUUGUGGAAAGGUGUGGUCUAAUGUUAGUGCCCAAAGGUCUCAAGAUCAGAUCUCCGUUUGGACUUGUGGCUGUAGGAAGUCCUUGAGUCCAUCCAGCUCUGAUGGGUACCUGACGUACAUGUAGAAAGGAAAUGCAGCUAGACAUAGUGCUGACCACACCGUCCUUUCAUAUGCUAAGAUCAAGAAAAAAGUACUUUUCCUGCACAAUGGAUUUCUAAGUCUAAAGAGGAACUCUAUUUACAUUACUAAUUUGUUUUAAUUGUUAGCUUUGCCCCAGCAACACUCAUGUCUAUAUUUUUACAAACACAAUUUAAAAAAAACACCAACAGCAUUUUGCCCUUCUGGGUGAGAACAACCUACACAAUUUUUUUACAUGUUCGUUCACUUUCAUUCUCCGUCAGAUGUUAACCCAUGCGCAGUUCUAGACAUUCCAUUAAAACAACAUGUUUCAUUUGCUCAGUAUUCAAAG